AUGUCCUACUCCAGUCACAACCAGCCCGUGAGAGCGCCUCCCGCCGUCAGUGACUACGAAUUGAUCGACAGCGACCCCCACUUCAAGCGCGUGGUGUCGUACAUGCGUCCCCUGGACUUCGGGGUGUGGGCGGCGCUGGCGGUGGCGAUGCCGGCGGCGUUGGUCGCCUGGGAAAAGUUGGAGCCCGCUGCCGGUCUGUUCAAGGCCCCCGCCAAAGUGCCCGCCGGCGCGUUGAGAGCCACCACCUUGUUGGGCUUCUUCGGCGGCUUCUACCUCGCCUACGUGCGGUCGUCGAAGCGGUUCCUCGGGUGGUCGGAAAACCUGAGGGAAGUGGCCAAGGACCGUUACGAAAUCAAGAAGUUGUUGUCGGAAGGGAGAAACCCUUACCACACCGACAAGUCGACGUUGGACGACCGGUUACAGGACACCGCCAACAAGUUCUCCCAGUACUCGUUCCUCAACCUCGCCGUGAUCCCGUGGUUCAACUGGGCCUACCACCCGUACCACGGCGUCGACAUCAAGAAGUACUACGAGGACCGCCCCGGCGAAGAGGCCUGGGGGUUCAAGUUGAAGCCUCUUGACGAGAUUCCUAAGUAG